AUGAAUAAGUGCAUGUGUACGUCUGUAAUUUUGUUGCUUGUUGGAAUAGCACUUCACAUUGCUCUCCCAUUCGUCAUCCAUGGUGAAAUAAGUCGAAGAAUGAAGUUGUUCAAGGGCAGCACAUUGUUUGACUCGUGGAGCACAUGUCGAUCUGGGAUUGUUGUGGAGUUCUACUUCUUCACAGUUACAAAUGAAAAAGACUUUAUGCAUGGAAGCAAACCUAUUGUCAACGAAGUCGGCCCUUAUACGUACGAGCAAAGCACAUGUAAGGAUGCACUAGAUGCUUUUCCUCAAAAUGGGAGCGUUAGAUAUUCCGACAAAAAUUCAUUCAAGUUCUUGCCAGAACGAUCUGUUGGUUUGGAGUCGGAUGAACUUACAGUGCUCAAUGUUGGAUACAUCGCAAUCGCAAACAGGAUUGGGGAGAGCCGCAUCCUGGAUGAAGUUGCAAAAAUGAUUUUCAAGCUGUUUUACCAUUCUCAGCUUUUUUUGAACAAGACUGUAUCUGAAAUGAUUUGGGGAUAUGAAGAUCCUGCUCUAAAAUUUAUCAGCAAGUUCAUUACUGUUGAGACCAUAAUUGGUCUCUAUCCAGGCAAAAAUGACUCAGCUGGUCCCACUUUUGAAGUUGAAGAUGGCGUGCAAAAUACGACAAAGGUUGGGCAAAUUCUCACCUUCAAUGGACACCGGGAGAUGUCGGUGUGGAACACUUCACUGGCGAAUCACAUAGCUGGUUCCGAUGGCUCUCUUUUCCCUCCCUUCCUAGAGUCCACUGUUCACGUCUUCUCUGCCGACCUUUGCAGAUCUUUGCAGUUCCACACCGCCAAGAAACCUGAGACAGUGUACAUAAACUCGGUUCCUACUACGAAGUUUUCGCUUUCGAAGGAAACAUUUCUUUCACCUGAGGAAUGUCCGGAUAAUCGUGGAUUCUGCCUAGAUUAUCCAAACUGUCCAAAGUCAGGAACAUUAGAUAUGCGGACAUGCAUGAAAGGUGCCCCUAUAGCGAUCUCCUUGCCACACUUUAAUGGGGCCGACGAAAGCUAUCGUAAUGCUGUGAUAGGAAUGCAUCCUCGUGAUGAUAUGGACAUAUCAUUGUACAUCGAACCGCAGACUGGAGUGAUUCUCCAGGCCCUCCAACUCAUUCAGAUCAACGCUAUAGUACAGUCCAACCCUCACCUGUCUGAAUUGGCACAUUUGAAGAAUGUCACCUACCUACCGAUUGCCUAUAUCAACACCUCCAUCUACGUAUCGGAGUCCGUGGCCCGCACCCUCAUGUCGACCCUCAUUGUCCCACAGAUGUCCAUAAGAGUAGCAGCUUCACUGGUUGUCAUUAGCGCUCUGGUGAGCCUUGUAGUAAAUGGCGGUAUGCUCAUUUACCGCCACUGUCACCCUUCUCAAAUCUCUGACGGUACUCAGGAGAAUGCCCCCCUCAUCGUCCAGUGUCCCUCCGAUUCCCCCUCUUUCGACGACCCUCAAGUAUCGAUUGCUGAGUCGUCUCCAACUCCUGAACGCAGCCAGACGUCACAGGCAGCCGAAGGUGGAGUAAAGUCCGUCUGA